AGUGGACUGCCAAGUGGGCGAACCAGCUCCGCAACUUCCAGCUUACCUUCGAUCAGGAUCGGAAGGUGGAUCCGCCAAGCAUUUUCAUUCCGGUCCUAGAGGAGAUGAUUCGCAUGGCAGCCGGGGUUUGCCUUCGAUCUGCCGCUGCAGAGGCACAGGAAGAGCAGACCCGCGACAAGCUCACCCUGAGCCAAGGUGUGAAGGAAAACAGUCAGGCCACGGCAUUGCAAGAGGCAAUGGCUGGACGAGUUGUGGAUGUUCGUUGCGUUGCGACCGCGGCUUGGGCCUUCAACUCAGGAGAUUCUUUGCGCUUGAUUGGCAGCGCGUGUGAUGUGCCCAAAGCUCUUCAGAACCUGUGGCAUGCCUACAACCAGGGGGUGCUCCGGAUGCUUGGGGAGAGAGGCAAGAGCCACACCCAUCAGCCACCGCCUGUGAACUUGGCCAGUUCAAGCCAGGCUGAGAUGAAGAAACUGCUGCUUCAAGUGAUGUCUGACCACGGCAUGUCCGAUGCUCAGCUUUCCGAUGCUUUUAAUGGAUUCGUGCUAACCCCCGACAACAUGAUCAAGCUCGUGGACGUUGCGGAGCGCCUCCGCGCUGGCCUUCCGUGCAUCCUAAUGGGCGAGGCUGGCUGCGGGAAGACGGUGCUCCUGCGACUGACGGCGCAACUGCUUGGGGCUGGCAAGCUGAACGAGCAUUCAGUGCAUGCAGGCACUUCAGUUGAAGAGAUCUUUGCAGUUUUGAAUGAAGCGGAGGCAAUGGCCCAGACCAUGGCCCAGACAGGCAAGCAUCAGAUGGUGAUUCAGUUCUGGGAUGAAUUGAACACGUGUCCACAUCAGCCACUCUUCAAGCAAAUCAUCGUCGACCGAGUAAAUCCCAGCACUGGCCGGUCCAUACACAAGUCAGUCACAUUUGUUGCAGCUUGCAACCCGUGGCGCUAUGCACAGAGCCAGGCCAUGUCUGCUGGCUUUGAAAGUCCACCUGUGGCCGAAGAUCGUCUUGCCGGGUUGGCCUACCGUGUGCACCCGCUGCCAGAGAGCCUGUUCGGGCAUUUGUCUUCUUUCGGCCAGCUUGAUUCCGCGACCGAGGCUGAGUAUGUUGAGAAGAUGGCAGAACGAAGCCCAAGUGUGCUGGAUGCGGAUGACAAGCCGCUCAAGCCUCCAGCGACGAGUGGGAGAAUCUGUAACAUCGUGGCUUGCUGCGUGAAGGUGGUGCAUGCUUUCUUCCGAGAGCGGCUCACGUUGACUGCCUCCUUGCGAGACCCCAACCGUUUGCUGAGACUUUGGUUCUUCAUCCGUUGGGAGUGGCAGAUGCGAGGGCUGAAUUUCACAGGUGCGGAUCUGGAAAAGCGGGAUCUUCAGUCCUUGAUGCUUGCCAUCCACCUCUGCUACGAGCUGAGACUUCCAAGCAUGGAACUUCGUCAGCAACUCGUGGCCGUUCUCCUUGCCGACUCGCAGCUAGGCGACUGCUUGCUGCAGCAUUUCCAUGACCAGCUUGAGGACGAGCAAAGCCGCCUGGAUUUAUGGCAAAAUGUCGUGCGGGAGGAGGAAGAUUACUGGCUUAAUGCUAUCAAUGUGCCGGACAACAUCGCCAAGAUCCGUGCAUUGAGGGAGAACGUUCAUGCCGCCCUCAUGUGCUCGAUGACGAGGACGCCCAUUUUCAUCCUUGGCAAGCCUGGAUGCUCAAAGUCGCUGACAGUAUCCCUGCUUGUAAGUGCGCUCACAGACCCCUAUUCCGAUGAGUUGAAGCACUUGGCAAGCUUCAGUGUUCAGCCGUACCAGGGGAGCCGUCAGUCGACAUCCAACUCCUUGCUGCAAGUUUUCGACCGCGCUCUGAAGCAGCAGGAGAAGCUCCGGAAGUUGAAGCGGCGAACGCGACCUUUGGCAUUGGUCUUGCUAGAUGAGGUGGGGCUUGCGGAGCAGAGCCCUCACAAGACACUCAAGGUGCUUCACUCUCGGCUGGAGCCCCGGAAGCCGGAGCAAGCCGUGUCCGUCAUCGCGAUCAGCAACUGGGAGCUGGACAGAUCCAAAAUGUCAAGGGCCCUCACCUUGGCAUGCCCCCCAGCCUCGGAAUCGGAUCUGCAAGAGAUCGCACUGGCCAUCAUCCGAGCAUACCUGGCCCACGACACCCAGAUCCGACGCCAGCUAGAGGCCAACUUGGAGCACAUCUCCCGGGCCUUCAUGGGGAUUUUGCAGAGCCAGCAGCCCAGUGAUUUCCAUGGUCUCCGAGACUGGUAUGGCAUGUGCUCCUACGCUGCACGCCUGUUGCUGGCAGCGGAUGACGCCAUGGAGCUGGUCUCCAAGGAGGCAUCACAAGGUGCACUCAUGAAGGCUGUGUCUGAUGCGUUGACCAUUGAAGCCAGACAGCUUGUGGAACUGUGUCCAGACAGGGAGCUCAAGUUCGUUCCAGCUGAUUGGGCCUUGCAAAUGGCGGUCUACAACAACUUCAGUGGAAACAGCAGGCACUCGGACAAUGGCCAGAUUGUGGACACGCUCAGCACCAUGCAACAAAGCGUGCACGCAGAUGAGGCUCAGGCUCAGUUCGUUCCGUCACUCGCACAAGUGUUGCCUCACUCCGCCACGACUGUUAAUCGGCUGGAUUCACUGUUGGGCGAUGUGGACGGCCGCCACAUCAUGGUAAUCACAGACUCACCAGUCCCGGUGAUUGCUUGGAUUGAACACCGUGCACGCACUGUUACCAAUUGGAAUCCAGAAAGUCUUGUAGGCAGUCCUCUGGAGCAGGAUCGAACAAGCACGGACAUGUACGCACAGAGCAUGAUUCAAGCCGCGAUUGUUAGCAUUGCGCAAGAACGGCGACUUCUCAUUUUACAGAACCUGAGCAUAAUCUACGCGGCUUUGUACGAUGUGUUCAAUUCGAACUAUUGCCGGGCUGGUGGUGACGGCCAGAGGUACUGUCGAAUUGCACGAGAGGGGUUCUGCAACCCUCGGUGCGCUGUCGCUGAGCAAUUCAAAGCGGUUCUUGUGGUCACUCGGGAGCGAGCUGCCGAGUACGAACCUGCAUUGCUCAAUCGCUUUGCAAAGCUAGAGGCCGAUGCCCCAGAAAUUUCGCAUGGCUUGCAAGGACCUCACAGUGUGUGUAUGCAUGUGUAUCUCAUUUAA